AUGACCGCCUCCAACAACCAGUUCUCCAACACUCGCGUCCUUGUCGCCCAGAUCCCCGAGGGUGUUGCUCCCAACAAGAGCCACUUCCGCACCGUCACUGUCACCGAAGACAAGCCCGAGCUCGAAGACGGAGCCAUCUUUGUCAAGAACUCUGUCUUGUCCCUUGAUCCUUACAUCAAGUACGACUUCUCGAGCGGAAACGAAGAGUCACCCGUUGCAGGAUUCGGCCUCGGCAAGAUUGUCGACUCCAAGAACCCAGCCUUCCCAGUCGGCUCCACCUUCUUUGGACCUGUCCGCUGGGAGUCGUACAGUCACCUCACUAAGGAGCAGGGACUCGGCGAGUCAAUCAACCUGGACGCUGGACUUGACAAGGAUCUGCCUCUUUCGGUCUACAAUGGCGUCCUUGGUCUCUCUGGCUUUACCGUUUGGGACUCAUUGAAGCGCCUCGGAAACUUGAAGAAGGGUGAGACCAUCUACAUCUCCAGUGCUGCUGGUACUUUGGGCCUGCUGGCUGGACAGUUGGCCAAGCGCCAGGGUCUUCGCGUCAUCGGAUCCGCAGGCUCAGACGAAAAGGUCGCCUACCUCACGAGCGAGCUCGGAUUCGAUGCCGCCUUCAACUACAAAACCCAAGACCGCCGCUCCGCAUUGACCGAGGCCGCACCUCAGGGUCUCGACAUCUACUACGACCUGGUCUUUGACGACACCGUCGAUAUCGCCCUCGACCUCCUCAACCCCCACGGCCGCAUCAUCUCUGUCGGCACCCUAGCCUUGCACCAGGGUCAGGAGCCUGCCGCGCCCAAGAACCUGAUCAACGUCCUGAUGAAGCAGUUGCGUUAUGAGGGGUACAUGGUCUAUGAGUACUUUGACCAGUGGGAGUCGUUCUGGAAGGAGGUCACUCCCUUGGUCAAGAGCGGUGAGAUCAAGUUUGCAGAGACGGUUAUUGAAGGCGAGCUGGAUAUUGUUGCUGAGACUUAUGGUCGUUUCUUGCAGGGCGGAUAUAAGGGCAAGGUCAGCGUCAAGAUCGCCGAUCUCUGA